AGACGAGUUGGUAGUUUCACACUCAGAGAGACAGGUCACACUGGAUUCAGUGAUCAGGCUCCACCUCGCCUCGUCUUCACUCUCUGAUCGACAGUAUCAUUGGUACUAAGAACGUUAUUAUUUACUCUGGACGUUCCUCUGCUGUCCUCACAUUAACCUCAGAACAUUUAUUUGAGUACGAAAAGGUUCUGUAUAUGAGUUUUUACAUGUUUUAACAAGUCUUUAUUGCCAGCUGAUGAACAGGUUGUAACGUGACGUAAACUCCGAGACCUUUCCUGACUUCCUCAGUUGCCUCCCACAGCCUGUGGAUAGGUUUCUAUUCAAAGGACUUGGGGUAAAUACUCCAGGAAAAUCCAAUGGAUGUGACGUUAUGCCCAUUCCUGAGUUUCUUAAUUGUCUUAAGCCCCACGACAUUGUUGACAGUGUGCAACAGUAGCUAAUGUUAGCUUGUCUGGUAAUGGCAGUAUCUACAGAGUCCACACAUGCUGUGGGUCUGUUAAGUUUUGCAGCGGUGGCCCAGUGGAGACGAACCUUCACUUAGUGCUGGCUGAAAUCAAGCUGCUAAAGCUGCUGACUGAAGGUGUUUGAAGAGCUGCCUUGCAAUGUAAUCUCUGAGUGGCGAGGAGUAAGGCAAGGAGGCCCCAAAGCUGUGCGCUAGCUAAUUUUAUCCAUCUCAGUGCCCCAAAUAAUAAAUCCAAUGCCCCUGGUCCUGAAGAAAAUCCUAGAGUGAAAAGUGACAUGUGAAAUAUAUUGUGACACUGUGGUUGUAGAUAGGAAAUAUUGGCUCAUGUUAGCCUGCUUGUAAACACAAACAAAUUGCUAACAAGCUAACAUAACACAAAAUACUUGCAGUAUUCACAUGGAACUAGUGAACACAUGUUAACGACAUGGGAAGUCGCCUACAUGAAGUCAUGAACUUGGAGCUUUCAGAAAAUUUCCACUUAUGAGGUAAACGUAAAUGUACCAGUAAAUUAAGAGCCUCACCUUCCAGCUCAGUCCGGCGCAUCGCCCACAUCCCUGCUGAUGCAAGCCAAAGGCCUGAUUAUCUCGCGCUCUGUUUUAUCUUCACUCGUGAACAAGACCUCAAGAUACUUUAACUCCUUUGCUUGAGGCAGUAACUCUCUCCCAACCUGGAGGGAACAAUCCAUCGUUUUCCAGCAGAAAACCAUGGCCUCAGAUUUGGAGGUUCUGACUCUCAUCUCGACCGCUUCACAUUUGGCUGCAAACCGCCCCAGUGCGUGCUCCACAACGGGCACAAUCGACUGUCCAACCACAACCUUUGGCAGCAGCCUCCACGGUGAUGGUUUUCAACAUGGACCACUUGGAUUCCAUGUCCUCAACCUCCUCUGAGAUGCACGAGGCGGGAGUUGAAGACCUCAUGGACAGGGGGCCUCAGCCAAAUGUUCCCAUUUCACCCUUACAACAGGGUAGAUGGAUUUACCAGGUCUGUCCGGCAGCCUCCCCUGCCAUCUGAUCCAACUCCCCACCAGGUGGUGAUCAGUUGACAGCUCUGCUCCUCUCUUCAUCAAAGUGUCCAUGACACACAGCCGCAGAUCUGAUGAUACAACCACAAAGUCGACCAUUGACCAUCGUCACUGUGCUCGAACAUGUUGUUUGUUAUGGCUAGUCCAUAGCACAGACAUCCAAUAAAAAAUACCACUCGGGUUCAGAUCAGGCAGGCUGUUCCUUCUAAUCUCCCCCCUCCAGCUUUCUCCAUCAUUGCCCACAAGAGCAUUGAAAUCCUCCAGAAGAUCUAGUCUCUGGUUGGUACCCUUUCGAGAACAACUUUCAGAGACUACAGGAAGGCCAGGUACUCUGAACUACUGUUUGGUACAUGAGCACAAACAGCAGCUAGAGACUUCCUCUCAGCGAAUCCAACACAGCAGCACUCAACCAAGGGCUCAUGAGUAUCCCCACACCCACCCGGCACCUCUCACCCUGGGCAACUCCAGAGAAGGCGAGAGUCCAGCCCCUCUCCAGGAGUUUGGCUCCAGAAGGUGAACCCACCUUUAUCUAGUUGGGACCACUUCACCUCCUGCACCAGUUCCUGUUGCUUCACCGCCAGAGAGGUGACGUUCCAUGAGCUAGUCUGCGCUGCCAGAGGUCAGCAUGCCUGGGUCCCUGCCUGCGCACCCGGCCCCAAUGCCAGUCCCUGCAGGUGGUGGGCCAGCUCCAACCACUGUAGACACUCAUCAUGAAGUCUUCAUCACCACCUUCGUCUCCAUCAAUAACUUCUACCUCAGUGACGGCUGCACCAGACACUCAGCUCCUCUCCUCUUCAUCAUCUCCUCCUCCUCUUCCUCCUCUGUCUCUGAGAAGUCCACAGCUGCAAGCAGAGUUUCUACAAGAGCGUCUGAACAGAUUUCAGUCUGGCAGUGACCCCAGUGAAUCCAGUGUCGUCUCCUCUGCGGCCUCCCCCCCCCCUCCUCUACACUCCCCCUUCAGUCCAUCCCCCUUCGCCUCCCCCUGCAGCUCCUCAUCCUCCUCCUGCUCAUCUUCUCCUUGCAACAACAGACAAGCACGUCUGUCCCUGUCCAGCCCAGAGCUUCUGUCAGAGCUCAAAGAGGCGAGAACACGCAGCCUCCGACAUGUCCCCACCAACAAAGGAAUGACCACUGUCUUCAGUGGACGAGGAAGAGGAGGGGUAAAGGCCUCUGGCUCCGCCCCCUCCACACGACCAGCCAGUCAGAAGACUUCACACUGAAUUUAUCAGCAGCACCAGCUGAGUCGCAGGGCUUCCAGAAAUGCUCUCAAAAAUCUAAUUAUCAUCAUCAAAUAAAGAAAUCUCCUGUUAUUUGUGGGCCUAACCAGAUAAACUGACAUGUUGUUGGAACAAUGAACAUUUAAUGUCAAAAUGAAUCAUUUGGUUUGUGGUAAUAACAAAAUAUAUCAGUUUGAAGCUGAGAAAGAAUUUGUUCAAACAUUAUUAUGAGAAACUGAGUGAUGAUGAUGUUGUUCUGUAAAUAUUAUGCUGAUGUAAGAUAAUAAAUGAUGAUCAGUCCACUGUGUCAUAAAGCAGUGCUAAUGAGAGAAAGCCUAUUACAACAGCUCAA